AUGGAGAACACUAGCCGGAACACUGAAUUCCAGUCGAAUUCUGAUGCUUGUAGCAAUACUGUGUUUGAUCACCAUAGGUUUGAUGAAAAUUUUGAUGUGCAAGAGUUUGGUAGAGAUUGGAUCCCUGAAUGUUCUGAGGGAUUGAAACCUUACAUUGAUCAGCGUUUUAGUGAUCUUGAUCAAGCUUUUAUUUUCUACAAGGAAUACGGUAGAUCAUCUGGAGUUGAUGUACGUCGGUCCACUGAAAAGAGUGAUAGGGAUGGUAAUACUAUAGAGAAGUAUUUUGUUUGCUCAAGAUCAGGUCGUCCUGACGACAAAAAUGUUGAUAAAAAACUCCAAAAGCGGAGGAGAACGGUUUCAACAAAGUGUGAAUGCCAUGUAGACCUUGUGCUUGCUUCAUAUCAACUCAGUGGUUUUUAUGUGAAAAAGUUCACAGAAUCGCACAUUCACCCUUUUGCAGGUAAGGGAGGAAUGCAAUUCCUAAGGUGUGGUAGGUCUCUAACCGAGUUCCAUAAAAGAUUUAUCUUUGAUGCUUCCAAAUCAAACAUUGGUGCUUCACGAGCGUAUACCAUUUUUAAAUCAAUGAUCGGUUCAUAUGAAGAUGUGGGAGCUACUGUUGUGGAUUUUAAAAACUUUUCCAAGGAUAUUAAACAACACAUUGGGAAGCACGACGCUGAUAUGAUUGUUCAGAAAUUCAGGGACAUACAAGAAUCUUCAGACCCCAGUUUUAAAUUUGAAUAUAGAACCGACUCGGCAAAUCAUCUCACUCAAUUAUUCUGGGCAGAUGGCGAAAGAAGGAAAAACUAUGAAGUAUUUGGUGAUGCUGUUUCUUUUGAUGCAACGUAUAGGACGAACAGGUAUGUGAUGGUUUUCAUUCCUCUUGUAGGAAUAGACAAUCAUUGGAAAAGUUUGACCUUUGGGGCGAUUUUGCUUGAACGGGAAGACAACGGAAACUAUAUAUGGGCAUGCGAAUCUUUCAAGAAGGUGUUUGGUAAGGAUCCCAAAUGUAUUAUUACAGAUCAAGAUCUUGUAAUGAAAGCUGCUCUUCAGAUUUCCUUCCCACUUGUUAAGCAUCGGCUUUGCUUCAUGGAAAAAAUUGGACGAGUAAUUUGGGUAGAUCAUACAACACCGGAAGAAUUUGAGCAUGGAUGGUUAGAUGCUGUUGAUGAAUUUGACUUGAACGAAAAUGUCUGGCUAAAAGAAAUGUUUGAUAUGAGAUCUUUGUGGAUUCCAGCAUACUUUAAUGACGAUCCAAUGGUAGGCCUCUUGCGGACAACAUCGAGGUCAGAAAGUUCUAAUUUUUAUUUUGGAAAUUACGUUCAGAGAGGUGAUACACUUUCAGAGUUUUACAUAUGCUAUCAAAGUGCAAUUGAAAAACAAAGGAUCAACAACGCCAAGAAACUGACACACUAUGAUGACUUCACACCAAAAACAAUUACAGAUAGAGAAAUUGAAAAAGAUGCACUUAGACUUUAUACACAAGGGCUUUUUUCUACAAAGUUCAGGAAGAGAUUAGAGCUGGGGGAAGUUAACAUGGAUACACAUAACAUUGAUUGUUCAUGCAAACUGUUCACCAGAGUUGGCUAUCUAUGCUCUCAUGCUUUUUUCUGCCUUGGAAUAUGUGGUAUUAGAAUUAUAACAAGACAAUAUGUUUCAAACAUAUGGUUGAAGAAUGCAGUUGUGCGUUUCAGCACACUUGAACUUGGGGAAAUAUCUGAUAGGAGUACCACAAAUUUAUCCAACCAUAUGCAGACCCAAGAAUGUUGGUUUGAAUUUCAAGGAUGCCUCAGCGACGCAUCUAGUAAUGCUGAUAUUCUGGAGUAUAUUAAAAAUGGGCUUUCUAGUAUGAGGAAGCACAUAACAACAACAAUGAAGAAGCCAUGA